ACCUUCCUCUACGUCGAUAUCCUCGACUGCACCGGAACCCUCUACUCAAUGGCACGCUUCGCCGGCUUCAUAGACGAGCGCACCCAAGACUUUGAGGGCUCAGCCAUGGCCUACAUCGUCGACGCCAUGGGCAUCUCCCUCGGCUCGCUCUUCGGAUCCCCACCUGUGACCGCAUACAUAGAGUCCGGUGCCGGUAUCUCCGAAGGCGGAAUAACCGGGAUAACAGCCAUGGUGACGGGAGUCUGCUUCUUCAUCUCCGUCUUUUUUGCCCCCAUAUUCGCCAGCAUCCCUCCCUGGGCCACCGGCUCCACACUCAUCAUCGUGGGUAGCAUGAUGAUGAAGGCGGCCGCAGACAUAAACUGGUCCUACCCCGGCGACGGAAUACCAGCGUUCGUAACAAUCAUGGUGAUGCCGUUCACCUACUCCAUCGCCUACGGCCUCAUCGCCGGCAUCAUCACGUACAUCAUCCUCAAUACGGGAGCCUGGUUCAUCGAAAUCGCGUCCGGCGGGCGCAUCGUGCCCUACGGCAAGGAGCUCAAGGACCACUGGACCUGGCGCAUACCCGGGGGCUUCUUCCCCGCGUGGGUUGUGCGCAUCGCGCACGGCGAUAGGAAGUUUUGGAAGAGAGAGGCGUAUGAUGGACAGAGUGGUGGUGCUAGUGGCGCUAGUACCCCGCAAGAGAAAGUCGGUAGGGAGCCAAGAGGUGCCGCAAGCGAAGACUUGGGAGUGGAGAUGGGAAGUGCUGGCAGCCGGGUUGCAGUUGGGAAGGAUGAGAAGUUUGUUAAGGAUGGGUAAAUUAACAUCGAGGUGGGGAAGGGGCAGUUUCAUAAUAUGAUAUAAUGUGCAUAUGUUUCGGGUUUGGUUUGGCUUGGUUUGGGUUCUCUUUCUUUUUUUUUUUUCCCCUUGAA